AUGUUCGAUUUCAAAAGAGGCAACAAUAGCGUCAUGUCUUAGCAAACUGAAUGUGUCCCUGGACAUGUACAAUUCGUCUAGGCAUCAAUGUUUAGUGGGAAACUCCACAGACCUUCUACCAGUGGAUCCAACAGUCGAAUUCUGGGAACGGCAUGUUAUCCAGAUGUCUAAUGGGAUAGAGGAUAGUGGCGGAAUUGUGUGGCAAAUCGCUCUUAGUUUGUUUAUAGUGUGGGUAAUCAUCUACUUCUGUGUGUGGAGAGGUGUUAAGUGGAGCGGUAAGGUGGUAUACUUCACAGCAGUUUUCCCUUAUGUGGUCCUGCUGUGUUUGUUGGUGAGAGGACUUACGCUAGAUGGUGCAAUCGACGGGAUAACCUAUUUCCUUAUCCCUAAUUUUGAAAGACUUGCUGAUGUACAGGUGUGGAUAGAUGGAGGAACUCAGAUAUUCUUUUCUCUUGCCGUUGCCUUUGGCGGGUUGAUAACACUUGGAAGCUACAAAAAGUUUAAUGAUAACUUUUACAGAGACAGUAUCAUCAUCAUGUGCAUCAACAGUGGCACCAGUAUACUAGGUGGAUUCGCAGUGUUCUCAGUUCUCGGAUUUAUGGCGCGUGAACAGGGAGUUGACAUUUCAGAUAUAUCCACUUCAGGUACAGCAUUGGCUUUCCUCACCUACCCGAAGGCAGUUUCGUUGAUGCCAGGAUCCAGCUUUUGGGCAGUGCUGUUCUUUUUUAUGCUGUUUUUGGUUGGUAUGGAUAGCUUGUUUCUCGGAGUCGAAGUAGCCGUGACCAUGAUGGUGGACGCCCUUCCUGAGAGGUAUAGGAAGACCUGGAUUCGGAUGUUAUUGACGGCCAUAUACUGCCUGGCACUGUUCCUCGUUGGGUUGUCUAUGACGACAAGAGGAGGAAUUUACAUUUGGAUCCUGUUUGACAACUUCUCUGCUAGUGGCAUGGUAUUGCUGUGGGUCUGUUUCUGGGAAUGCAUUGCAAUUGGUUGGGUAUUCGGCGCCGAUAGAUUUGAUGACGUCCUGUACAUGAUGUUGGGUUUCAAGAUCAACCGAUUAUUGUUGAUUUGCUUGAAGUUCAUCACCCCCGUCCUGACUACGGGACUGUUCAUAUCGCAACUUGCGUCAUUACGACUAGGUAAUUUCGGAUCUUCCUAUUCCUAUCCGCCCCUCGCUCAAGCCUUCGGUCUUAUGUUGUCCUUGUCAUCAAUGGUAUGCGUUCCAGCUGUUAUGGUUUAUAAAUUACUGGGAACCUCUGGUACGCUUAUCGAGCGCCUGAAAACACUGACAACUCCAGUUAUAAUGGAAGGUCGGAUACCUGAUUCUUGGAAUUCAGAAUUGAGGAGAUUCACAAAAAGUUCAUUAAACAAGAAAGAAGAGGAACAUCUAAUGUUGUAA